UUCGAGACCAACAAUGGAUCAGUUCUUCAUGGGCAAUGGUCGCGGCGGAUGCUCCGACCAGAAUGGGUGAGGAGGUGUGUGAACGUUAACGACCAAAAUGGCAUAUCAUAUCGCAACGUUGAUACUUUUGGGAUUAAAUGCAGCACUGGGGGCUGUUUUGCCGCCCCCAUGGGCAAAUCCCAAACUGAAUCCUUGUGCGACCCAACCCGGUGGAUGGCAAUUACUGUAUUGGCCCCCUGAUGGCAAGUGCUACAAGAUAUUUAAGACUGGAUACCCAUGCUCCGAAGACAUGGAGCUAAGUCCUUCUCCCACAAAAUCCGGCGAACAAAAAUUUUCCGCAGAAUGUCGCUGCCCUCCAAUGAAAGCCCAAUCUGCACGUGAUGGUAAAUGUUACGACUUGUAUUCGAGAGGACCGUGCGAAAAAGGUUUCUACUUUGCACCAGACACCAAAUACAACGACGACAACUCUAAACGCCUUUGGGGCGUCUGCACCCAAACGCACUCCUGUCCCGGCCCCAACGAGAUCUUCUGGCCUCGCGACGGCCGCUGCUACCACAAACUGACCAAAGGCCCUUGUCCUAAAGGCCAACUUCUCACCACCGACCCCGACCGAAUCCCCCAAUGCCGUUGCAACAAACACCGCGAACUCCGCGACUACCGCUACUCCGACAACCAGUGCUACCAACAUUUCACUCGUGGCCCAUGUCGCGAAAAGGGCCAUCUUUUCCUCCCCGACCGCACCUGCGGCUGCCACAGCUUCCUCCCCCACUUCCAUGACAACACUCAUCUGUGUUACGAAAUCGGAACUAUCGGCCCUUGCAACUCCGGUGAAAACUACCAACUGCAUCCGGAAACCCGGCGCGGGACUUGUCAGUGCAAGAGCGGAUAUGUCCGAUAUGCGAACACCUCGUCGUGUUACCGGCCCUUCACACAAGGGCCGUGCGCGCUUGGGGAGUUUCUUAUAAAUUCGACGACGUGUAUUGCUCAACCGUGCCCUAGAGGACACUUGUAUUUCCUCUCGCAGGAUAAGUGUUACAGGAUAGGGACGCGAGGGCCAUGUCGGAAGGGCCGAAUCGUGACGUUUGAUUUCGAUACAAGGCCUUCUUUAGAUGGAAUUUCGUAUAACGGAGUGUGUAGUUGUGAAAAAGAUGUUUAUGAUAACAAUUGUGACGAAGAAGAAAUCACUGAAUGUAAUAAAAGUGAUGGUAUGGUGUGGUACCGGAAACGCUGCUAUAAACUCUACACGCAAGGGCCGUGUCCUAAAGGUGCGUGGAUGGCGCCCAAAAGGUACAAAAAACAGGAAUUAUGGGACAGUGCGGGAGGGAAUGAAGGGAUUUGUGAGUGCGUCCCCGGGUAUACUAGGACGAUAAGGACGUUGAGGAAUGUAACCGAAAUGGCGUGUAUGCCACCGACUGUGAUUUUAGCCGAUUAUUUAAAUCGGAAUUUUUCAGUAGCGCAGAUUGUAACUUUGUAAUUUAUACGAUUUUUACUUUUGUAAUAAAAACUAAAACUUA